AUGUCAAAUAUCACACUGACUGGGCUUUGCUUUAUCUGUAUCAGGGAUAAAGAUUGCUUUGUUGCAUCAAACCACAAUCCAACUAGGCACGUUGAGAUUCAAAACGAUGCUGAAUCAAGGAAAACUUCCGGCAUAUCCCAGUCAGCUGAGAUAAACAAUCAUAAAUCAGAGCCGAAGGGUAUCGCCUACGGGCCCGGCUCAACUGGAGGAGUGGCCUUAGCUAGCGCGAGUGGCACCAGCGCGGCGUCUUCUGCUUCAGGUCCCGGAGCUGUUAGUUCUGAAGACGAAGAGCUUAUUGGCACCAGUUAUGGCAACCAAAAUAUUCGAGAUGUUAUCCUCGGUAAAGAGCCUGGUGAUCAACCUACGACCAAAGAACAGCAUGACAUGCACUCUGCUGCUCACGUCGCCGCCAACAAUGCAGGCACACCCGACGUGGCACACCCCUCUCCAAGCCCAUACUAUCAGCAGAGAAAAGGUCCUCAAGGAUUGUAUCAUUCUGUUCCCGAUCAUCAUCAUUGUCCUCCGAACUACCAGCAACCAACUUCAGAUCUAUUUCCUUGCCAAUACCAAUUACAUUACAUGGAUGUCUUGCAGCCUGUAGUAGCCUAUCAAGAACAGCGGAUCUUCGCUUAUUUUCCUGUGUUGAAAGAUUGCACGCCUCCCUCGAAAAUUUCAUCUAUUCCCGAGGAAUCGUGUACUCAUGCCAAAUCAUCGCAUGCGCAUCAUACCUACUUGGGGCAGAACUUUCGUAACACUUUGCCAGCUUUGACUGGAGCGCGGGAGAAAUUGCCAAACUUCGACAGAAUGGGCGAGCAAAAGGAAGGCAUGAAUCAGCCGAACCAAGCAGCUAUCAAAAGGAGAGCCAAAAAUAAAUUUGGCUUAGACAGAAAAUUUCUUGCGCAUGAAAGAGUAAGAAACUUCAAAGCAAGAACUCUUCUAGCUAAAGGCCCCUCCACUUCCUUGACCGAUGAAGUGGACCAAGCAGCUACCUUUGCAAAGGAAGCAGACGAUCUUUCCAAGAACUCGCAUCUCAAAUCACACGAGCAGUCAGAAAAAAACGAUAACUUGAAGGACGCGAAGGAAAUUUCCGUGUCAGAACCGAAAGCUAAGGAUGUGGCAGAAAGUACUUUCCUAGAGCAGUCACUGUCUGGUAAUCUUCCGAAGGGUUUACUUCAAAAAUCGCAACGGGUCUCGCAACAAAAGGAGCUCCUUUGUGAAAACGGUGGUUUGCAUGGAAAAAUUUCUAUUGCAAAAACACCAAAUCGAGACCGCGACCACCCUUCAAACCAGAAGGACACCUCGAGCCAAGAUUUGCCAAAUACUCACCCUGAGUCGAUCCAGCAUCUGACCUACUCAAAAAAAUAUGAAGAUUCUAAAUUAUUCAAAGAGGCUCUACUUUCAGUUCCAAACUAUGAGACUUCCAAAGAUAAGAGUUUAGCAACCUCUAGAAAGCUCCCUGAUGCGUCAGUGGUAUCGAUCUUACACACCAAGCGACCACGCAAGAAAGGCAAGGUGUGA